UGGUAGAAAAUUGGAGAGACACGACGCCGUAUUCGAUUCGAUUAUCGAAGAAAAGGGAUUCCAAAUCGAACAAUUAGAGCAGGUGUAUCCAAAUGCAGGUAUCGAAUUUGAUAUCAACCUACCAUUGCUACUACCACGUCCACAACCACCAUCAUCGGAUCUCCUCCUCCACUCUUUUUCUUCUCAGAUCGAUGGUCACCGCCACCACCAGCGUCGCCGCUACCUCUACCGGCGGUGGAGCUUUCACGACCAUCGCUGAGAGAGUCAGCUUGGAACGUGAUAUUAAAAAGAGCAAAUUCAUCGCUAUUGCCGGUCACAUCCCCGACGAGCGCUCUGCUCAAUCUUUCCUUUCCGAGGUUCAAGAUGCACGCGCAACUCAUAAUUGCUGGGCUUAUAAGGUCGGAAAUCAGUAUCGAAGUAAUGAUGAUGGUGAACCAUCUGGUACAGCUGGAAAACCAAUAUAUUCUGCCAUCGAAAAUUCAGGAUUAGAUAGAGUGAUGGUUGUUGUCAUUAGGCACUUUGGAGGGAUCAAACUAGGCACCGGAGGGCUAGUUAGGGCCUAUGGCGGAGUAGCAGUAGAAUGCUUGAAAAAUGCCCCAACGCGACUUGUAAAAUCUCAGGUGCCUAUGGGUGUUGAGGUUACUUUUGAUCUAUUGGGGGUUGUAUACCAUCAGCUGCAAUCAUUCAAAGCUGUAGAUAUUAAGCAGGAUUAUGAUACUGGAAAAGAUGGCAUAACAAUGGUGACCUUCAAAAUUAGUUUUGACGAGGCUGAAGCAUUGGAGGAAGCUUUGAAAACCAAUUGCAGCAGAAAUCUUGUAUUUUACAAGCAUUGAGCAACCAAUAUUAUAUGGGUAGGAAUUAUUAAUAGUAGUCAAAUUAACAAUUUUAAUCUGUUGGUUUUCUGUAUAUAUAUUAAAUAGUCAUUCUUAUAUCCUAUGUUGAUCUGUAGAAUUCAUUGAGGCCAGGGUGUACCAAUGUGAGAUGAAAUAGUGCUCCCAAAAUUUUGGGGUCAAAUUAUACAUUUUUUAGCCUUUAA